UUUCCCUUGCAGGCAGGUAGUCGGCUGCCGGCCGUAGCGGGAUUUCGGGGCUCCCCGAAGCCUGCUGCGAGAGUCCAAGUUCAGCAGUGGCUGGGCUCAGCACUACCUACAGCUUUUGCAUGUCUACAUUUGGCUGAGUGUAAAGAGGACAAAGUAGAAGAAAGACCUCCUUCCGCUAGCAACCAGUGUCUCCCAGAAGCCAGAACUUUCCAACCUUCCAGUAUGGUCUCCAAAAUCUCCUCCCCUACUCUGCUGGAGGCUCUGAGCAGCGAUUUCCUCGCCUGUAAAAUCUGCCUGGAGCAGUUACACAAGCCCAAGACACUGCCGUGCCUACAUACCUAUUGCCAGGACUGUCUGGCGCAACUGGACCUCGGUGGCCAGGUCCGCUGCCCGGAGUGUCGAGAGAUUGUGCCCAUACCUCCCGAGGGUGUGGCCGCCUUCAAGACCAACUUCUUCGUCAAUGGGCUUUUGGACCUGGUCAAGGCCAGGGCUCCUGGAGACAUGCAUUCAGGGAAGCCCACCUGCGCCCUGUGCCCUCUGGUGGGAGGCAAGAGCUCUGGAGGACCCGCCACGGCCCGGUGCCUGGACUGUUCAGAUGAUCUGUGCCAGGCCUGUGCCGACGGGCAUCGCUGCUCCCGACAGACCCAUAAGCACCGAGUAGUGGACUUGGUGGGUUACAGGGCCGGGUGGUAUGACGAAGAGGCUCGCGAGCGCCAGGCAUCCCAGUGUCCCCAGCACCCGGGGGAAACCCUCCUCUUCCUAUGCCAACCGUGUUCUCAGCUGCUUUGCAAGGACUGCCGUCUGGGGGCGCAUCUGGAUCACCCCUGCUUGCCGCUGGCGGAGGCAGUGCGUUCUCGGAAGCCGGGCCUUGAGGAGUUAUUGGCCGGUGUGGACAGCAAUCUGACGGAGCUAGAGGCCACCCGGGUGGCAGAAAAGGAAGCCUUAGCCCAGCUGCGAGAGCAGGCAGCCAGUGUGGGGACGCAGGUGGAGGAGGCGGCUGAGCGAAUCCUCAAGUCCCUGCUGGCCCAGAAGCAGGAAGUGUUGGGACAACUCCGGGCCCAUGUGGAGGCUGCUGAGGAGGCUACCAGGGAGAGGCUGGCCAAGAUCGAGGGCCAGGAGCAAGUGGCCAAGGCGGCUGCUGCCUUUGCCCGUCGAGUGCUCAGCCUGGGUCUGGAGGCCGAGAUCCUUUCGUUGGAGGGAGCCAUCACGCAGCGCCUGCGCCAGCUUCAAGACUGUCCCUGGACCCCCGGGCCUACCCGCUGUCUGCUGCCCAAGCUGGAGCUCCAUCCUGGGCUCCAGGACAAGAACUGCCACCUGCUUCGACUCUCCUUUGAGGAGUCCAAACAAUCCCGGAAGGACAAUGUGAAGGGUGGAGCCAGUACCCAAGGAAGAGAUGAGGCUCCAAGCCAAGGCGAGAGAGCCGAGUCGGGGAAGCAGGGUGAAACCCAGCCCCUAUGUAAGGAUGGAGCCUCGACUCCCAAAGAAGGCAAAGCCCAAAGCUCCCAAGAGGAUGAUGAGGUCCAAAUCGAAAGGGGUAACAGAUCUAACAAGAAGAGGAAGGGCAAAGGGCGGGGCAAGCCCGUUUCUCGGGAGCCCAGCCCCAUCCUGAGGCCAAACCUAGAAGGUUCAAGCCUCCUCCCCCGGCCUGUUUUUUCCUGGAGUUUUCCCACCAGGAUGCCCGGAGACAAACGUUCCCCACGCAUCACCGGGCUCUGUCCCUACGGCCCCCAGGAGAUCUUGGUGGCGGAUGAGCAGAACAGAGUCUUGAAACGCUUCUCUCUCAAUGGCGACUACAAGGGCACAGUGCCGGUUCCCGAGAGCAGCUCCCCAUGCAGCGUGGCUGCCCUGCAGAACGCAGUGGCUUUCUCCGCCAAUGCGAGGCUCUACCUCGUCAGUCCCGAGGGGGAAGUUCAAUGGCGAAGGUCCCUGAGCCUCACCCAGUCCAGCCACGCCGUGGCCGCGAUGCCCUGUGGAGACCGGGUCGCGGUCAGUGUGGCAGGCCACGUGGAGGUAUACAAGAAGGAUGGCAGCCUGGCCACCCGGUUUAUUCCUGGAGGCAAGGCGAGCCGGGGCCAGCGGGCACUGGUGUUCCUGACCACCAGCCCCCAGGGCAAUUUUGUAGGGUCGGAUUGGCAGCAAAACAGCGUGGUUUUCUGUGAUGGGCUAGGCCAGGUGAUAUGGGAAUACAAGGGCCCUGGUUUACAUGGCUGCCAGCCAGGUUCUGUGUCUGUGGAUAAGAAAGGCUACAUAUUUCUGACCCUUCGGGAGGUCAACAAGGUGGUCAUCCUGGACCCCAAGGGGUCACUUCUUGGUGACUUCCUAACAGCCUAUCAUGGCCUGGAAAAGCCCCGGGUAACCACCAUGGUAGAUGGCAAAUAUCUGGUGGUGUCCCUCAGUAACGGGACUAUCCAUGUGUUUAGGGUCAGGUUUCCCGACAGUUAA